UCAGUUCAGUCGGUCGACAAAAUAUUUGAGAGAAGGCGGAUUUUAUUCGACCUCUUUGGACAACAACAACAACAACAACAACAACAACAACAACAACACCAACAAUAAUAACUGGAAACAGAGGCAGGAUGUUGAUGGCUGAACAGUGUGAGUGUUAGCUCUCGGCUCAUCAUGACGUCAGUGGCAGACACGGUGGUCUUCAUCCCGGAGCAGGCGUGUGUCCUCACGGUUCCUGUUCACUCACUGCCUUCAUCCAUCACCAAGAAGAUGUGGGCGUGUCCCGUUCAGUCCGACCGGCCGGCUGUGUUCAUCUCCCCUGUGGAGCUGAGGGAGAAAGGAACCACCCAGGAACCCUCACCUUUAACCCCAGGGCAGUUCUUCCUGCCGGUUGUGACGUCUAACCACAGAGCUUUCAGGAUCCUCAGGGACUUUCUACAUUCACGUGAGAACUCGCUGCAGCGUCCAGGUGAGAACUCGCUGCAGGGUCCUGGUGAGAACUCGCUGCAGCGUCCAGGUGAGAACUCGCUGCAGCGUCCAGGUGAGAACUCGCUGCAGGGUCCAGGUGAGAACUCGCUGCAGGGUCCAGGUGAGAACUCGCUGCAGGGUCCAGGUGAGAACUCGCUGCAGGAUCCUGGUGAGAACUCACGAGCGUGUUCUGCGUUCUCAAAAAGGAAGAACGCCAUUAUUCUUUUUGAUACCAAGAUUUUCUUCAUUGUAAGAGAAGCAAAGGCACCUGAUUGGCUACUGGAGAAGCCAAGCCCCGCCUCACCUGAACGUGAAGCUCCGCCCCCAAAUUCACAGAGUAAAACACAGGACGAUGACAUCGCUGACAGGAAGAGGAGUAAAGAUGGUGCUGAUGCUGCAGAGGAUCAUGGGAAAUGUGUGCUAGAGGAGAGAGAACCUGAUGCGAUGAUGGACGGAGUGAAUACACCGACGAAAGACGUGAGCACCAACACACCAAGAGCUGGCAACCAUCUCACAAAGCUGAAGGAGGAGGUGGAGGAGGAGAGCAGCCAUAAUGCUGCGGGUUUAACGAGUGAGGAAAGACGUGACAACGAGACCAGAUCAGCUGCAGAAACUCACACAGGAAACGAAAAGAGUUCAUCAGAUAACGAGCAUAAAAUUAAAAUGAGUGAAGAGAAGAGUUCAGUAGUCAAACCUACAUGCUGCAAACGUCUCCUUUUCACCAGCGGUCAGAGUUCAUCAGGAACAGACGCAAACGAGCGACAAGAUAAAAGAAAGGUUAAAGGUCAAAUCUGCGACUCGGCCUUCGUCAGCGCUGCCGAGAUCGUAGACGUGAACGCAGAUGAUCGAGAUUCCCAGAACAACACAGAAGAUUCGAACAAAGACAUGGAGAAUACUAAAAGAUCGAGAGAAGGUCAGAGGUCACACAAAGAGAGUGCCGUCGAGAUCAUCGACAUAAGCGACGAUGAAGAUCACAUUCCCGUCACAAGCUCAGGCGACGAGAACACGGUCGGAACAAACGCUAGCCAAGUGGAGAAACUGCUGGAACGAUGCGAAAUUAUCAAACGCAGAAUAAGCGACUGUGUUAAAUUACAGGUUUCAGCUCUUGAACGUAAAAAUGCAAGUCACGAUGUCACCAUGGAAACGGGUGCCGAUCACAACGAGCUGAUAAUCGUCGACGACUUGAAUCAAAACCCAAGUAGCAGUAAACAUCAUGGUAACAGGACGAAGUCUAAAAGAGAAGGUUGUGAAAGUGCUGUUCAGAUCUUAGACCUGGACGAUGAUCAAGUUUUACUCAAAAGUCUAAAAAACUCAAAUCGAGACGCAGCAAAAACUUCUAAAAGUCCGAGCGAGGCGGAGCAGAGGGCGUGUCCGAGCGAGGCGGAGCAGAGGGCGUGUCCGAGCGAGGCGGAGCAGAGGGCGUGUCCAAGGGAGGCGGAGCAGAGGGCGUGUCCGAGCGAGGCGGAGCAGAGGGCGUGUCCGAGCGAGGCGGAGCAGAGGGCGUGUCCGAGCGAGGCGGAGCAGAGGGCGUGUCCGAGCGAGGCGGAGCAGAGGGCGUGUCCGAGCGAGGCGGAGCAGAGGGCGUGUCCGAGCGUGCCGGGGGAAAGCGUGGUGAAGAUCCUGUACCUUAGCGAUGAUGAUGAUGAGGUCAUCAUAACUGAUAGAGAGUUCAGAAACUCACAUGGACCUCAGAUCAGCGAUAAAGCUAACGGAUGUAAACGGAGGAUUAGCGGCGGAACGACGGAGGACACGGAUUCAGACGUAGCGACUAAACGAUGUAAACCUGACGAGAAUGCUGAGUUGUUUCAGUGUAAACGUUCAGAAAGUGCUGUAGAUACAAGGUCUCAGGUUAAAAAUCAUACCGGUGAUGUUGAGAUCAUCGAGGUUGAUGAUGAUGAUGAUGAUGAUGAUGAUGAUGAUGAUGUUAAAAUCUUUGAGCGUGACGGUGAAAUCACCGAGCUGCACACUGAGAGUCAGACCACACUGGAGAUAAUAAAAAGCUGUAAACGGGACGUUUCUGAUAGCCACAGAAGUGACGGGCUGAAGUUGGGUGUUGAAAGUGACGUUGAGGAUCAGAGGAUCAACGCUGAAGAUGCUUCAGACGAACACUUCAAAUCAGACAGAGUCCUGAGUCCAGCUGGAAAACCUGGAGAAAGGUUUAAAGAUGAGGAUGAAGAUCUGAUAAAUAAGAAACUUUCCCCUGGAGCUGAUGUUAAUGAAGCUAAAGCUUUGUACAGUAGAAGUGUGGUGCAGCUGAUGAGGGUCCAGGACCAUGAUCAGGAUCUGAGUGGAGAUGAUGCAGAGUCUAAUCAUGACAUUAGUAAGACUUUAGCUGCUGAAGGUCCAGUCAGUAAAGUUCAGAGUUCUGAUCAAUAUAAAAACGUUCAAACUGCGACUGCUCGAGUAAUCGCCGUAAAGCCGAAGGUGACAGAUGAUGUCUGGGUUUCGUCAAAUGUUAGUGACAUUCUGAGUGCAGCUGAGGAUCCAGCUUGUGAAGGUCCUCAGGUCGCUGAUGUCUUGGAUUCAUCUGCAUUGUUUGAACAUAGUGAGUUUGGAGAAGAAAAAUCUGAAGCUACCAAUCAGAGCUCACGUGAUGAGGGAGCAGGUGUGUGGCUCCGCCCAGCGUCUCCUCACUGGAUUACGGAUUACGUUAUGCUGAGAAGGCAGGAGAACAUCAGCUGUACCCGAGAGAAACUCAGGAGGAUGGAGGAGAAACUUAACACUCUGAGGAACUCACAGCACUGACGAGAACGUUCAGGAACGCUCAGGAACGUUCGGCUGAUUUUUGUUGCAUAACUGCGAAAAUACAUCAGAUUAACAAUCAGCUUGUGGAAAACAUCUACUUUAUACUACAGCAUGUGAAACACACACACACACACAAAUACGCGCGCACACACUCACACAUGCACCACAGAAUACGCACACUUACACACACUCACACACACACUCACACACACACACACACACACAAAUACGCGCGCACACACUCACACAUGCACCACAGAAUACGCACACUUACACACACUCACACACACACUCACACACACACACACACACACACAAAUACGCGCGCACACACUCACACAUGCACCACAGAAUACGCACACUUACACACACACACACACACACACACACACACUCACACACACACACACACACACACACACAAACAAAUACGCACGCACACUCACAAAUGCACCACAGAAUACGCACACUUACACACACUCACACACACACACACACACACACACACACAAACAAAUACGCACGCACACUCACACAUGCACCACAGAAUGCACACACUUACACACACACACACACACACACUCACACACACACACACACACACAAAUACGCACGCACACACUCACACAUGCACCACAGAAUACACACACCUACACACACACACUCUCACACUCACACACACACACACAAAUACGCACGCACACACUCACACAUGCACCACAGAAUAUCCCCCAUCAAAAUGGUACAAUUUGCCUUAAAAACUAUAAAUUGUUUCAUUUAAAAAGGCUUUAAAAGGAUAUCGUCGCUGUCGGGCGGAAACCUCGUAUGUCCAAAUUCGGUCAAUUUCAUAUUUUUUCACAUAUCGAUGCUAUUGGUCAGUCCCCACGUGGGUCUGUUAUUUUUACAAGUUAUUAACCGAUCUAAAGUCUUGAAAAUAGCUUGAGCACAAAUCUCAUAACUCCAUUGGACACUUCAACUGUCCACCUCUUCCUCACUCCGUGUGAGAGCUUCACGUCAUAUUUCUCCUCAAGAAGAGUCGCAACGAAUCAACACGUCUUCUGAGGUAAAUGUCUUCAAAACACUGGGCUCAAAGAAAAAAAAUCUUGACCCCCGCUAGUUCUGGUGCUCGUCUGAGGACAGGAAUUUAGCGCAAGACAAUCCACUGUAACGUGGACUAAACCCUGUGCACUGCAGAUAAGGUACGGCGUUUUUUUAAUGUCCUGAAAAAUAACGGUUUUGGAGAUACGAGGAUUCUGUCUGACAGCGACAAUAUGAAAGACUUGUGUACGUUUAGACCCUUAAUUUUGUAUAUAUUUGUUAUUUCGUAGUAAUUUUAUAAAAUACCGGCACUGUACUAUGAAAGCCCAUGCAAAUGAACUCGUCCUCUGUAGAGGUCACGGUAUCAAACUGCAAAAAAAAGUGUUUUAAAAUGCCAAAUACACAAAUAUGAAUAUAAGGUUAAUAAAAUAUCACAAAAUACUUAAAGUGAACAUUACAUUAUUUUAUACAUUAACAACAGCCUUUCAAAAAUCUGUCAUCAAUUCAUGUUAUUUUUCAAAUCCGAAAUAAAUCAGGCAUAUUUUGGUCAGCUUUAACCCUGAGGACCCCUUUGUUUUUUGUCUGUUAAUGGAUGCAGCAGUCCAACACAUGGCCUCGUAAGUUUUACUUUUUAUUAAAUAAUCAGCAAACAAGUUGAAAUCCCUGUGGUCACAGCUUUAAUGUGUCAACACUGUCUUCAAAGUAGGGAUGAUUUUAAUCAAGAAUUUUGAAAUAAAAGUUGGUAUUUUGGUGUAGUUUAGUGGCAGCUGACCACUGAGGAAAAUCAAAAUGGCUACCAUUUAUUAGACAUGAUUAAGUUGUAAAAACAUGUUGUUUUGUCAACUCCGUCAGACGUCAACUCUGUCAGAUAUUUUGUCUGACGGUGUUGACAUGUAAGCUGUCGGAGUGGAAAAGUGCUCCCAAAUACUUAUUAAGUAAUGCUAGAAAUUACUUUUGUAGACAAAAAUAUACCUGUGCCAAACAGAUUAAUUUCUGUUAUUAGAAAACUAAGAUUUUAUUUUAAAAUAUUAUUUUUAAAUAGAUGACUUACACAGAAUAUUGAAGAAAAAACAGCCAAUAAGAGCCCAGAUUAAAUAUGAACUCCUUCUAUACUCUUUAAAAUUCAUCCUAAAUUGAAAAUGUAAGAAGCUUCUUUGAAAAAAUGACGCGUACGGUUUUGCAAUUUCUAGGCAAAGGGUGACUGCACUUCAGAUGAUAAAAGAUAACAGAGUUUUGAUUUAUUUUGGAUGCUUUUAGUCACCAAUAUAAUUCUCACAGUUACAUUUGUGUUAUGCCGUAGUUUGGACGAGUUUAUUAUUUAUCUGUAAUAUGGAAAAAAAUAUAUAAAUAAAGAACAAGUGAGUGACCGUAAA